AUAGCCCAUAGACACAAGGAAAAUAAGGCAAAAUAUUGAGCAGAAAAAAAUAACAACAAAAACAUUGCUUAUUCCAGAUCACUCUACAAUUUCGAAGAAAAUUAACUUUUUCCUUCAUGAUUGCCUCUCUUACAAUUGGAUGGCUUUAGGCCUAGGUAGGUUAGCUACUUCUGAUCAUCAUCAUCAGUGGCGCUGCAGCCCAUGCCGGGCCCUGGCCUUCUUCACCACAUCCUUCCAUUCGGAGCGAUUCCAUGGCUUUCCGCCUCCAUGCGCGGACCCCAAGGUGAUGAAAGUCCAUCUCUAGCUGCUUUUAAUGGUCAUUGUACAGAGGGUAUUUCUUUAGAUGUUCGCGUGAGUCUCUUUUCAACCACGAUCUUGCGUAUUUACUCUGUCCACGGUAAACGGUAAACACGAUCUUGCGUAUUUACUCUGUCCACGGUAAACGGAUUUUUUGGGUGGGUUUUUUGGUGAAAUUUUUUUUCACUAAUCACAAACCAGCAUCUUCUACUAAUAUAUAUAAUGCAGAAAUCUGAAAGUAAGAUCUAUAGUCAGCUGUAAGCAUAUCUUUUAGCUCCUUGGCUCUAAAUUUAAAAAAAAAAAUAAGUGUGCACCAAAGAAUCCACGGUGCAUCAUCAGCUUUCGGAACUUAUAAAUGCACUGGAUUGUUUUUUUUUUUUUUUUUUUUUUUUUUUUUUUUGCUACAUCUCUGAUGCCACAUUGAACAGAGCAGUGUACAACUAGGGCCAUUGUUUGAGAGACCCUGGUUAAGACAAAUGGAAGUGUACCCUAUACAAGUCUGAAAUUAGAUCAAAUAGACAUUUUAAUUAUAAAAUGUAAGAGAAAUAAAUGCGUAAAUACUUACACAUCUGUAAGUGUCAGGCAUAGACCCGUGUCAACAUAAUCUCUAACAAAAUUGUAAGUACAUCAUCUGUAGACAUCUAUUUGUAGGAACUCAAAGAAUUUGUAAGACUCAAAUUUAGUAUGUAAAAUUUUUUUUUUUACUAACUAUACAUUUAUAAAGAAUGUAAAAUUAUAUAAAUGAGAGAUGACGUGUUUAAAAAAAAAGUUUGGUUUUUGUUGAACUUUGUUUUAAUUCCUAUAUUUAGCUGUAUGGAAUUGAUAUUUCACCCACAUAUAUAUUUAAAAAAAAAAAAAUGAAGUCUCAGCUUAGUAUUUACAGGUGAAAAGAAGAGAGUAAACGAUAGAACAUCUCCAGUUUUUCAUUGCAUAAUAAUAUGGCACAAUAAUAAAUACAAUAAUAAUACAGCAUAGUAAUAUAAUAAUAAUAUAGAAUAAUAAUAAAAUAAUAACACAGCAUAAUAAUACAAUAAUAAUACAGCAUAAUAAUGCAAUAAAGACAGAAGAGAUUGCCUGCAAGCUGCGUGAAAAAAAUAGUAAGAAAAUGAAACGGCAUUUGAAGUUUGAUUAAGGACACAGGACUUUUAAAUGUAAGGCAAACUAUUGAAAAAAGGUUGGGGGGGGGGGGGGNNNGAGACAUUUCAUUUCAAGGUCACUCUAGUAAACUAUCGGAGAAAUUGUGAUUUGACUGUACUUCCACGCUUACGGGGUUGGGGGGGAGGUGGGGGUUGGCUUUAAGCUUAGCUACAUUAGCUAAAUCACUGUAUUUCUUAAGGUGUUCUUUUCAAUAUUCUAUUCAUUUGUAUUGAUUGGUAUACUGGAAACGAUCACAAAAAUUUCAGGAUAUCCUCAUCAAAGAUGUAGAUUUUGUAAUUGUGUUGUGUUUGGUUGGUUGUUUAAAAAAAAAAAAAAAGUCACCUUAAUCCUUUUGUAAAAUUGUCUCCCCUGUCACAGGUUUAACCCAAGGGCAGAUAACCAUCUUCUGGCGCUUAUUGUUCAUGAUAUUAUUCUUUAAUUAGGCACGACCAGGAAGCUAUGACAGAAAACUUAAGUCUCGUAUUGUUUGGGAUCAAGGACUUACGUCUGGUAACGCAUUAGUUUUUAAGUAUACUGUUUAAAACAAUUCUGAAUGACCAAAAAAUGGUCUUCAGAUAAUAAGAAACGUACUCCGGAAAUGUAAUUGAUUAUAUGAGCAAACAGUUACCGCUAGGCACAGCUUUUAAGACUAGUCAGUUUCAUGACUAAACAUAGAUAAACUUGUUUUGAUUUCUUCACGCCCUCUAAUUUUUUAAACAACCAAAAAAAAAAAAAACUAAAAAAACAAACUAUUACAGUUAUUUAGAGCAAAUUUUAAAUUAACAAAAUUAAAAAAAAAAAAAAAAAAACAAAAACAACCCCAAAACCCACCAAACAAAAAUCCCAAAAAUUUAAUCCCCCCCCCCCCCCAUUCAAAGGCGUAGCGAGGGUGUUCGGCGCCCGGGGACAAGAUCCAUUUUAUAGCGCCACUUUUUUCUUUUUUUCAACUCUCAAACCCAUUAUUUUCAUCAAUAAAAUAAUAUCAAAGCACAUUUUGGCGCCCCUAACUAGCUGGCGCCCGGGGACAUCUGUCCCCCCUGCCCUCCCCACGCUACGCCUCUGCCCCCCUUUGAGCAUUUAUAUUAGAAAUAACCUGCGAACAUUGGCGGUGACAAAGCUUGAACUUCUAAUCUACUAAUAAAGUUAUUUAUUUUAUCAGAUUUAAAAUGAGUUGGAUUUCAGUACAAAGAAACAAAUCUAACAUUCACCGUGCCUAUAAGAAUCCCAUUUACAAGUGGGAGUUUAAGAAUCCCAUUUACAAGUAGGAGUUUAAUCUCGUGAGCCUAAGGAACAAGUAUUUGUAAAAAACAACAACUUUGAUUUGGUGAAAACCAAUAUGUUUUCUUUUUAAAUCCGUCAUAUUUGACGGUUAAUGGCUAUUAUUAACAUAAUUAUUUACUCAGUUUAGAAAUAAAUACCAUACAGCCCGUGCCUUUGAUUACGCAAGGAGUUAGGAAGGAACAAUUAUGUCAAUAUGUGUUGACAUCGUUCAAAAAAGAACAUAUUUGGAAUAGAUUUUUUCUUGGUGAGACAUUGGGCAUUUUUGUCUUUGAGUUUGUUAAUAAAUUGGUGUAUCUUUCUCACAGGUGGACAACCCCAUACCAGAGCCAGGAGAAGGGGGUAGGUGUUUGUAAAACAGGAGAUUUUGGUGGGGGUUGGUGAUAGUUCAUAAUUUAUAUUUUCAGCCAAUGGAAUAUGAAAAUGUAAUAGUUUGGUCGAUGUAGGUGGCAGGAGGUAGGUGGUAAGUUACAGGGGGAAUUAGGUAGGUGGUAGGAGGCAGGUGGCUGGUGGCAGGAGGUAGGUGAUUGGUGGCAGGAGGUAGGUGGCUUGUGGCAGGAUGUAGAUGGCAGGAGUUAUGUAACAGGUGGCUUGUGGCAGGAGGUAUGUGGGAGAUGGCAGGAGGCAGGUGGCAGGAGGUAGGUGGCAGGUAGCUGGUGGCAGGAGGUUGGUGGCAGUGGUAGGAGGUAGAUGGUAAGUAGCUUGUAAGCAGUUAAAAAGUGUCUUCUUCAUUGCCAGAUUUAAGUUUUUACAUAAUAACUUAACCCCUUUAAAAUUCUUCAAUGACCAGAGGUCCAACUCAGCAUUAGGUCAGUGGGCAUCUGUGGCUCUGAUGUUGGUUACUGGCAGUAUGGUCAGAUAGGCAGUUACGUGGUCAAUGAUCCAAUGGUCAUGGGUCACGAGCCUAGUGGCGUUGUGACCAAGUUGGGUGCAGGCGUGACACAGUUAAAAGUGGGUAAGUGGACAGAACUUUUGAGUGACAUCAGCAAGUGGGGCACUAUUUUAUGCCAUUUCAUACAAUUUGUUUUAUUAAAAAUUGGGAUACGAUAUAAAAGUAUACUAAAAUAAUUAGGAUAUGAUAUAAAAGUAUUUUAAAAUAACGUGGAUACGAGAUAAAAGUAUAACAAACUAACUGGGAUACAAUAUAAAAAGUACCGUAUUUUCCUGCGUAUAAGACGACUUUUUAAUCCAUGAAAAUCUUUUCAAAAGUCGGGGGUCGUCUUAUACGGUGGGGGUCGUCUUAUGAGCUGGUGUACAGCCAAACCCUAGAUUUUAAAAGGAAAAGUAAGGGUCGUCUUGUACGGCCAGUCGUCUUAUACGCUGGAAAUACGGUAUACUAAACUAACUGGGAUACGAUAUAAAUUAUACUAAACUGACUGGGAUAAGAUAUAAAUUAUACUAAACUAACUGGGAUACGAUAUAAAUUAUACUAAACUGACUGGGAUACGAUAUAAAUUAUACUAAACUGACUGGGAUACGAUAUAAAUUAUACUAAACUGACUGGGAUACGAUAUAAAUUAUACUAAACUGACUGGGAUACGAUAUAAAUUAUACUAAACUGACUGGGAUACGAUAUAAAUUAUACUAAACUGACUGGGAUACGAUAUAAAUUAUACUAAACUAACUGGGAUACGAUAUAAAUUAUGCUAAACUGACUGGGAUACGCUAUAAAUUAUACUAAACUAACUGGGAUACGAUAUAAAUUAUACUAAACUGACUGGGAUACGAUAUAAAUUAUACUAAACUGACUGGGAUACGAUAUAAAAGUAUGCUGAACUAACUGGGAUACGAUAUAAAAGUAUACUUAAACAACAAAAGAAAUUCAAGGAGAAUUAAGUACGUGGGUCACCUCCAGAGGUGUAGCGAGGGGGGCAGGGGGGAUAGAGGUCCCCGCGCGCAAGCUAGUUAGGGGCGCCAUAAUGUGCUUUGAUAUUAUAUAAAAAUAAUGGGUUUGAGAGUUGAAAAAAAAGAAACGGGGGCGCUUUAAAAUGGAUCUUGUCCCCGGGCGCGAAUUUUGUCCCCAGGCGCCAAACACCCUCCCUACGCCUCUGGUCAUCUCAGAUGUACCAAGGGAGAUUUUUUGGAAUCUUAUGGGAAUAGAAACGAAUGCAAAGCAUAUGUGUUAAGCAAAUAACUUAAAGUAGACAUUUACGAAUAGAUAUAAACAAAUCAACGUAUGUUUGAUAAGGUGACAGAGUAGCCGUGGAGCCGUCCAGGCCAUGCCGCAGGUGUCAGUUCUGUAAGAAGGGGCGGUACAACGUGUGUGAAUGUCUCAGGUACCUUGCCACGCCCCCUACCAACGGAUGUCUGUGUCGAUACUUCUGCCACCCUGCUGAUUUCGUCUUCAAGUUAGUAACCUUAACAUCACAAGAGAUUGUACUCUUAACAUCACAAGAAAUUGUACUAUAUACAUCACAAGAAAUAGUACAAUUUACAUCACAAGAAAUCGUACAAUUUACAUCACAAGAGAUCGUACAUUAACAUAGACAAGAAAUCGUAGCAUAUUAGAACGGUGUACGGUGUAGGCCUACACUAAUCAUGUUUUUUUUUAAAGCUUGAAAUGAAGCUGAUGAGCAACGUUUCCCUAUUUAUGUCAAUGAACUCUAUCGACGUCCGCAGACUGCCAGACAAUGUCAGUUUUGAUGAAGGCGCCUUGGUCCAGCCACUGGCUUUGGGAUUCUUUGCAUGUGAGAGAGGGGACGUCAGCGUGGGCAAUUACGUGCUCGUGUCCGGUGCAGGUCAGUGUGAGAGGAAAUAAAGACUAAAGAAAAUAAUUUCUUCCCGAAACGAGUAUAAAGAGACUAAGACUUAAAAAGUAGAACAUGAUUUUCUUUAAAAAUUUCAAUUUUUUGAAUAUGUAAAUUAUUGACGAAAGAAUUGGAAAAAAACAAACAACGAAUACAGGGAAGAGCUUUAUACAAAAACAUUUUAUAAAGCUCCACAUCACCCAAGACCCCAUCUCUCUCGACCCAAUCACUCACACACUUUUCUCUCUCGACCCCAUCACUCACGACCCCUUCUCCCUCGACCCCAUCACUCACGAACCCUUCUCUCUCGACCCCAUCACCCAUGACCCCUUCUCUCUCGACCCUAUCACUCAUGACCUCUUCUCUCUCGAACCCAUCAACCAAACCAAUAAUGAAGAUGCAAAUCAAUAACGUUACACCCAAGCAAUAAUAUUACACCAAUCAUAGACAUGAAACAAAUCAAUAAUAGUACAUCAAUAGACAAUCAACUCUCCUGUAAUAUAAUUUGCCCAGUCAAGGGCACAUGUCCCAUUCAGUAAUGCACACCUGUGUCAGUGCGGUGGGAGCUAUUUAACAUUAUGUACGCUACAUAUUGAAUCCCACCAACGAGCCAUAACCACGCAUUGCCUCGUGUCCUAACGAGAUUGACAUUUCUCAACCCGUGUGACGUCACCGCCUCAUUAACCGCGAGGCCAAACUGGCACCUCUCAAUGCAAAUGUCACGCGUGAGUCUCGGGAGAGACUGAAAAUAAUCCCAGUGACAUUUGAGCGGCACCCCGAACCACCUGUUUCGCGAUGACCAUUGAUUUAUUUCUUGAGACAUUUCAAAGGCGGGUGCUAGAUUCGUGUCUUGGGCAGGGUUUCUUUCUGGCAUCUCUCCGGGGAGGAGGGGGGGAAUGAGUAAAGUAAAACGAAAAUUUUAGAAAUAAAACCGACUAACUUGUCAUUUAAAAAUAAAAAAAAGUUACUGGUGCCUUGAAACGAUUACAGUUAGUGGAACCUAUGAAAUAUCGAUCCGCUAAAUAUUGGAUUACCCGUAUAUUUAACGCUAACCUUGCUAGAGGCUUACAAUGCUCGAUUAUAAAUAUCGUACUGUGCAGAAAAUUGGCCGCUUCUGAUCAUAAGCAGACAUUUAACUUUUUGUUAUUCGCCUGUAUUCGCCCGAAACGGUAUUUUUAUUUAAUAAUCUUAGCAACUUCGCAAGUUUAAAAACUUUAAUAACACAGUAUGAAACUACUUUUACAUCAAUAUAAAGGUCUAUAAUUGUGAUAUAGUUCCUUUUACGCAUCAAACAUGUGCAACCUGUUUUCAAAUUAUUUUUCUUUAAAAACGCAUGACUUAAAAUUAGGGAUAGGUGUUCAAUAUUAAUUGUAGGAUGGCAUUUUGCUUUGAAAAAUAGUUAUUUGCUGCCUAGUUUUAAAUGUACUCUAUUCGAUGUAUGUUGAGCUAGAUAGAGUGAAAACUUAAAACACAUUAAUAAUUUGUAACAAAAAUUUAGAAUCUAAAUUUAACGGGAGCAUACAAAUAGUACAAGUUUCAGAAAUUAUUAUUAAGUUGAAGGUGUUUGUGUUUUAUUUAUAUGAUCAAAUGUGCUAAUUUUGUAACAUAUGUUCCUGAAUAACAGAAUUUUAAAAAUAUUUAGCCAAAUUUAUUACAUUCAUAACUGCUUUUCUCUUUUUAAUACUAGAAUAAUAAACAAAUUGCCCCAUUGCACUCCAGUGGCGUACCUAGGGUUGGUGUCACCCGGUGCGGUAUAUUCAUGGUGUGGUCCCCCCCCCCCUCUAACUUCCAUGAUGAAUUUCUCCUUGUUAAAUAAGUCCACAGUGUAACAAUGACCCAAAAAACAAUAAUUGAAGUUCAGGAGGUCAAAGGUCAAUGUAAACUGCUUUUCUCUUUUUAAUACUAGAAUAAUAAACAAAUUGCCCCAUUGCACUCCAGUGGCGUACCUAGGGUUGGUGUCACCCGGUGCGGUAUAUUCAUGGUGUGGUCCCCCCCCCCCCUCCAACUUCCAUGAUGAAUUUCUCCUUGUUAAAUAAGUCCACAGUGUAACAAUGACCCAAAAAACAAUAAUUGAAGUUCAGGAGGUCAAAGGUCAAUGUAGAUUAUUUAAGAACUGUAACAGCGUUACGUAAUCGUUAUUUUGACAUUAAAUUUAAUUUAUUCAAAAGUUGUCCUUUCCUGAUUUUCAAAGCUGCAAACCUGUCAAUCACUUGAGCUAAAUCAAUUAUCCUUUACCGUAACUAUUUUAAUUGAGAUUAGAGCCAGAUCAAAAAGCCUUGGCUGUCCCAUGGUGGGUCGUGAAUAGUUCUUGAUGAGCCUUUAUUUUGAAAAGUUCUGAUCACAUGACGCCACAUACACACAGAUCGUAAGAAACAAUUUGAAGGCUUGGCGAGAGUAUUGGAAGAGAUUCUAGGAAGUUUCAUUCAGCUAUGAAUUUAAAGACAUCAAAUCCUGACCGGUCCAUGACUUUGUGAGAUUCAAUAUCAGCUGCCUGUAGGUGUCUUCUAAGCCUUAAUAUUUAUUUUAAAAGCCCCAUCUUCUGAUAAUUCAACAUAGAAAGAGGUUAAUUUUAAAUCGGACAUCAAUAACUCUCCUUCACUAGCUGAUAGUAGACUUUUGCCCCACAACAAAGCUUUUGUUAGCUAGCACUUCGAUGAUCGCGCCAUUUCUAUCAGUUGUCUUAGUUUGUCAAGAGGCAAGUUGUAAUUUAUCUGAAGAAAGUUUAAGUAGUUUGAAUUUUAAAAUAAAAUUUUCAAUCAAUUCCAAUACGCUUUCCUUCAGAAAAAAAAUCACACACACACACGCGCGCGCGCGUGCACAGACACACACACAAACGCAGACACUACACACUAAACACACACACACACACACAUAUAUUAUGUGUGUAAGUAGUGUAGUAGGGUCAAAUCAAGGCACAAAAUGGAGGCGCUCAUUAAGGCGCGCGCCUGUGUGCCUUAGGCGCGCCAAGGGGCAUAACCCGAUAAUUACUGCCUUAUAAAAGUGACCUCCCUUUGUUGUCCGAGCGUAAUUAUUUUUGUAUUGUGUAAUUAUAUUAAUUAUAUUGUAUUGUUGUCCGAGCGUAAUUAUACUUAAGUUUGUAAUUGAUUUGUAAUUAUUUUUUUUUGUCCGAGUGUAAUUAUAUUAAUUAGAGUUGUAUUGUUGUACAAUGGUACCUUUGAUUAAUGACGACAUCAAAGACGACAUCAAAGAGAUAACAAAAGAGGAAUUGUUUUUUAUAUAUUACUUUUAUUCAUAUUUAUUAUGACAAGCGUAUGAGUCAAGGAUUCAACAGAAUCACAAUUUUAUUGUAUAUUUUUAUUAUGAGUGGUUCUCAAAUUUCUAUUGAGUGGUUCUCAUUUUCUCUAAUGAGUGGUUCUCAUAGUGUUUUGGUUGUAUAAUUUCUUAUAUUUUUAAUUAGUUUUCUUGUAUAUUUUAAGUGGUAAUCACGAUGUCGGGGUUGAUUUUCUAAUAAGUGGUACUCAUUAGGUGUGACUCAUAACGAGUUUUCUUCUAGUUAUGGAAUAAUUCUGUUGUAACAGGAUAAGUUUAUUGAAUUUUAUUGAUGAGUAAGCAAAUAUUUCUCAUUUUCAGUAGGUUCUCAAAGUGUUUUGGUUGUAUAUUUUCUUGUAUUUUAAUUAGUUUUCUUGUCUAUUUUAAGUGAUUCUCAAAGUAUGGGGGUCAUUUUUGGUUGCAUUUUAAUAGGUUUUCUUAUAUUUUUAAUUAGUUUUCUUGUAUAUUUAAAGUGGUUAUCACAGAGUCGGGGUUGAUUUUCUAAUAAGUGGUUCUCAUUAGGUGUGAAUCAUAACGAGUUUUCUUCUCGUAAUGGAAUAAGGUGGUUGUAACAAGAUAACUUUAUUGAAUUUUAUUGAUGAGUAAGCAAAUAUUUCUCAUUUUCAGGGAUUCUCAAAGUGUUUUGAUUGUAUACUUUCUUAUAUUUUUAAUAGUUUUCUUGUCUAUUUUAAGUGAUUCUCAAAGUAUGGGGGUCAUUUUUGGUUGCAUUUUAAUAGGUUUUCUUAUAUUUUUAAUUAGUUUUCUUGUAUAUUUAAAGUGGUUAUCACGAUGUCCGGGUUGAUUUUCUAAUAAGUGGUUCUCAUUAGGUGUGAAUCAUAACGAGUUUUCUUCUCGUAAUGGAAUAAGUCUGGUGUAACAGGAUAACUUUAUUGAAUUUUAUUGAUGAGUAAUCAAAGAUUGCUCAUUUUCAGGUGGUUCUCAAAGUGAUUUGAUUGUAUAUUUUCUUGUAUUUGAAUUAGUUUUCUUGUCUAUUGUAUAUGGUUUGGUAGGCAGGACAGGUGGUUUUAAGCUUCUUCUUGGCAAGUUGAGGACCGAGUAGGGUCCUAAUUAGAGUUAUUGUAGUGUAUUGUUUAAAUUGUUUAGGCUUAGUGGGUUAUGUUUUGUACGCAUGACAGAUGUUUUAAGUUUUUUCUUGGCAAUUUUGAGGACCGAGUAGGGUCCUAAUUAGAGUUAUUGUAAUGUGUUGUUUACAUUUUUUAGUCUAAUGGGGUUAUAUUUUUUUUAAUUAUCAGUGACUUCAACUCGUGACUUACUAUCACCACACCUGCGCUCACAAGUCACGCUACACCGCGCAUUGUAACCAAAGGUCACAGCUCGUCCAUUGUUCACAUUUCCCCGCUACGCUUGUUAACAAAAGGGCUGACGUGUUCUGUGAGUGGCGGGGCGCUCUGGUUAGCCUAUAAACAAAAAAGGGCGCCCGGGGAGCUAGCUACAAGAAAUUUUAAAAGUAGUGUUGUGUAUUUUAUACUGACAGGGCUCCCUCUUGGUUCUACCAGAUAUUCCGACAGACUUCAUAUCAAGCACUAGGCAUUCCACUGAGAAUAAAACGUAAGAAAUGUAUGGAUUAACCCUGUUUCCCAUGUCAUCCCCCAACCUUCAUGAUUCGUCCGACUAUGGGAACACCUGCACCUGAGGCAAAUCUAACAGGUGGUUAGUACAAGGGAUCUCAUCUAUUGGACUGGGGGAAUGAGGGGUGUUACUAUAGCAGGAGUCACCGCCCCACCCCACUUGAUAAACACUUGGUACCGAUGUACCUUCCCAUCUCUCCCACUCAGCUCGACUCUAAGCUUUUUCCAACCCACCAAUCAACAUAGUACCCGCCCUUUCCCGACCCAACUUUACGAGGGCCAGCUACCAUAACAUUAAAAAACUUAACACUCUUGUUCGUCUCACGUCGACGCUUAAUUUUUUUUGUCCCCACCACACCUAAAAAUUGUUCACCCUUUGCAAACUUUACAACAGACCCAUCUACCACAUCAUAACACCCCGUUACUAGGUUCGUUGUCCCCGUCACAACUAACAAAUGUGCCACCCUUCAAACUUUACAGCAUGCUCAGCUACCACAGCAUAACACCCCGUUUGAGUUUUGUCUUGUUUCUCAACUAACUUUCUGUCAAACUUACCAACGGCGGAUACAUCUGGAUUUUUUCAAAGGCAGUUUUUAAUUUUCUCAAAUCCAGUUUUUUAAAGUUCUCAAGUGCAACUUUUAAGCGUUACCACGCAGUGUUUUAAUAGUUACCAUGCAACUUUUAUUUGUUACCAUGCAGUGUUUUAAUCGUUACCAUGCAAUGUUUUAAAGUUCUCAAGUGCAACUUUUAAUUGUUACCACGCAGUGUUUUAAUAGUUAUCAGGCAACUUUUAAUUGUUACCAUGCAGUGUUUUAAUUUUGACCAUGCAGUUUUUAAAGUUCUCAAAUGCAACUUUUAAUCUUUACCACGCAAUGUUUUAAUAGUUACCAUGCAACUUUUAAGGGUUACCAUGCCGUGUUUUAAGUGCUACCAAGCCGUGUUUUAAUUGUUACCAUGCAGUGUUUUAAGUGCUACCAAGCAGGGUUUUAAGUGUUACCAUGCAGUGUUUUAAUCGUUACCAGGCACACAUUUCAUUUCAUCUACCCACUAAACCUCUUUCCAUCCAACAUUACCCGUCAAAACUUUACGAUGGUCAUCUACGAUAUCAUAUACCACGUUAGUGUUUUGUCUUCUCUGACCACAGACAUAUGUCUUCGUCUCUUCUAAGAGCUCUUCCUACCUCCAUCUUUUUUCUAAUCAUCUCAACUCUUUCAAUAUCUUUCAUGCUACCACAGCCAAGUCCACAUUCAAACUUUAUUAAUAGGUCCAACUUCACUCAAACAUUACUAUGUCUUACUCGAGUCUCAUAACACCUCUUAACCUUACUGUUUUUAACUUUUCAUCGACCUCCAGAACCAAAGUUCAUAUCAACUAAUGUAGCUAAACUUUUCCAACACAACUAUCGGAGUGUCCUCAAACACAUAACUUCCAUUUUUCGAGAUGACCGACUACCCAACCACUUGUAUUCCACGGUUAUGUACCAGUUACAUGACUAGAGAUUACACUAGGCCUUCCAUUCAUCUCCGGUAAUCAGGGCGUUUAUCCCAUGUAAGCUACACACUUACGAUGCAAUCUCCAAAACACACAACUCCUAACUUACAUCUUACAACUAAAAACUCGCCAAACAAUCUCCAAAACUCACAUUUCACAAUUCACAACUCGCAUGUCAAAGCUCACACUUCACAAAGCACAACUAACAUCUCACAAAUCACAACUACCAAGUUUUGACCACAGGGCAAAAAUAACAACAACAUCGUAAAAUAAAACUUAAAUUGCAAAAAAGGAUAAAAAUAUUUCCUCCUCCUCCUCCUUCUCGGAUACUGAUGAAGCUGAAUUUAGUGGCCUCUCACAACCAACCUACUUUGCUCUGAACAUGUCCUUCUCCCCCUCCGCCGAAAAGUUCCUCUUCGCUUAACCUCCGUUGAUCUGAUCCUUUCCUCCUCCUCCUCAUCCUUGGAUUCCAAGGAAACUGAGUUUAAUCUCCUCUCACCUACUACCUUCUUUGGUCUAAGUAUUUAUUCUGCCUCAUCCUUCUCUGAAAUAAGACUCUAUCCCUAAUCUUUUUUGGUCUUAGCCUUUCCUCCUACUCAUUAGAGCCUACCGAAGCUGAGUUUAGUCUUCUCUCAACCCCCCAACCUCUUGUGUUCUGAAUCUUUCUUCUUCCUACUCAUCCUCCAGAAAAGGGACUCAUCUACCUUUCAACCCCCAACCUGCUGUCUUCUGAAACUUUCUUCUUCCCAAUAAUCCUCGAGAAAAAGUCCUCCUCCUUCUACGAAAUAUUUUUAUCCUUUUUUGCAAUUUAAGUUUUAUUUUACGAUGUUGUUGUUAUUUUUGCCCUGUGGUCAAAACUUGGUAGUUGUGAUUUGUGAGAUGUUAGUUGUGCUUUGUGAAGUGUGAGCUUUGACAUGCGAGUUGUGAAUUGUGAAAUGUGAGUUUUGGAGAUUGUUUGGCGAGUUUUUAGUUGUAAGAUGUAAGUUAGGAGUUGUGUGUUUUGGAGAUUGCAUCGUAAGUGUGUAGCUUACAUGGGAUAAACGCCCUGAUUACCGGAGAUGAAUGGAAGGCCUAGUGUAAUCUCUAGUCAUGUAACUGGUACAUAACCGUGGAAUACAAGUGGUUGGGUAGUCGGUCAUCUCGAAAAAUGGAAGUUAUGUGUUUGAGGACACUCCGAUAGUUGUGUUGGAAAAGUUUAGCUACAUUAGUUGAUAUGAACUUUGGUUCUGGAGGUCGAUGAAAAGUUAAAAACAGUAAGGUUAAGAGGUGUUAUGAGACUCGAGUAAGACAUAGUAAUGUUUGAGUGAAGUUGGACCUAUUAAUAAAGUUUGAAUGUGGACUUGGCUGUGGUAGCAUGAAAGAUAUUGAAAGAGUUGAGAUGAUUAGAAAAAAGAUGGAGGUAGGAAGAGCUCUUAGAAGAGACGAAGACAGAUGUCUGUGGUCAGAGAAGACAAAACACUAACGUGGUAUAUGAUAUCGUAGAUGACCAUCGUAAAGUUUUGACGGGUAAUGUUGGAUGGAAAGAGGUUUAGUGGGUAGAUGAAAUGAAAUGUGUGCCUGGUAACGAUUAAAACACUGCAUGGUAACACUUAAAACCCUGCUUGGUAGCACUUAAAACACUGCAUGGUAACAAUUAAAACACGGCUUGGUAGCACUUAAAACACGGCAUGGUAACCCUUAAAAGUUGCAUGGUAACUAUUAAAACAUUGCGUGGUAAAGAUUAAAAGUUGCAUUUGAGAACUUUAAAAACUGCAUGGUCAAAAUUAAAACACUGCAUGGUAACAAUUAAAAGUUGCCUGAUAACUAUUAAAACACUGCGUGGUAACAAUUAAAAGUUGCACUUGAGAACUUUAAAACAUUGCAUGGUAACGAUUAAAACACUGCAUGGUAACAAAUAAAAGUUGCAUGGUAACUAUUAAAACACUGCGUGGUAACGAUUAAAAGUUGCACUUGAGAACUUUAAAAAACUGGAUUUGAGAAAAUUAAAAACUGCCUUUGAAAAAAUCCAGAUGUAUCCGCCGUUGGUAAGUUUGACAGAAAGUUAGUUGAGAAACAAGACAAAACUCAAACGGGGUGUUAUGCUGUGGUAGCUGAGCAUGCUGUAAAGUUUGAAGGGUGGCACAUUUGUUAGUUGUGACGGGGACAACGAACCUAGUAACGGGGUGUUAUGAUGUGGUAGAUGGGUCUGUUGUAAAGUUUGCAAAGGGUGAACAAUUUUUAGGUGUGGUGGGGACAAAAAAAAUUUAAGCGUCGACGUGAGACGAACAAGAGUGUUAAGUUUUUUAAUGUUAUGGUAGCUGGCCCUCGUAAAGUUGGGUCGGGAAAGGGCGGGUACUAUGUUGAUUGGUGGGUUGGAAAAAGCUUAGAGUCGAGCUGAGUGGGAGAGAUGGGAAGGUACAUCGGUACCAAGUGUUUAUCAAGUGGGGUGGGGCGGUGACUCCUGCUAUAGUAACACCCCUCAUUCCCCCAGUCCAAUAGAUGAGAUCCCUUGUACUAACCACCUGUUAGAUUUGCCUCAGGUGCAGGUGUUCCCAUAGUCGGACGAAUCAUGAAGGUUGGGGGAUGACAUGGGAAACAGGGUUAAUCCAUACAUUUCUUACGUUUUAUUCUCAGUGGAAUGCCUAGUGCUUGAUAUGAAGUCUGUCGGAAUAUCUGGUAGAACCAAGAGGGAGCCCUGUCAGUAUAAAAUACACAACACUACUUUUAAAAUUUCUUGUAGCUAGCUCCCCGGGCGCCCUUUUUUGUUUAUAGGCUAACCAGAGCGCCCCGCCACUCACAGAACACGUCAGCCCUUUUGUUAACAAGCGUAGCGGGGAAAUGUGAACAAUGGACGAGCUGUGACCUUUGGUUACAAUGCGCGGUGUAGCGUGACUUGUGAGCGCAGGUGUGGUGAUAGUAAGUCACGAGUUGAAGUCACUGAUAAUUAAAAAAAAUAUAACCCCAUUAGACUAAAAAAUGUAAACAACACAUUACAAUAACUCUAAUUAGGACCCUACUCGGUCCUCAAAAUUGCCAAGAAAAAACUUAAAACAUCUGUCAUGCGUACAAAACAUAACCCACUAAGCCUAAACAAUUUAAACAAUACACUACAAUAACUCUAAUUAGGACCCUACUCGGUCCUCAACUUGCCAAGAAGAAGCUUAAAACCACCUGUCCUGCCUACCAAACCAUAUACAAUAGACAAGAAAACUAAUUCAAAUACAAGAAAAUAUACAAUCAAAUCACUUUGAGAACCACCUGAAAAUGAGAAAUAUUUGAUUACUCAUCAAUAAAAUUCAAUAAAGUUAUCCUGUUACACCAGCCUUAUUCCAUUACGAGAAGAAAACUCGUUAUGAUUCACACCUAAUGAGAACCACUUAUUAGAAAAUCAACCCCGACAUCGUGAUAACCACUUUAAAUAUACAAGAAAACUAAUUAAAAAUAUAAGAAAACCUAUUAAAAUGCAACCAAAAAUGACCCCCAUACUUUGAGAAUCACUUAAAAUAGACAAGAAAACUAAUUAAAAUACAAGAAAAUAUACAACCAAAACACUUUGAGAACCUACUGAAAAUGAGAAAUAUUUGCUUACUCAUCAAUAAAAUUCAAUAAACUUAUCCUGUUACAACAGAAUUAUUCCAUAACUAGAAGAAAACUCGUUAUGAGUCACACCUAAUGAGUACCACUUAUUAGAAAAUCAACCCCGACAUCGUGAUUACCACUUAAAAUAUACAAGAAAACUAAUUAAAAAUAUAAGAAAUUAUACAACCAAAACACUAUGAGAACCACUCAUUAGAGAAAAUGAGAACCACUCAAUAGAAAUUUGAGAACCACUCAUAAUAAAAAUAUACAAUAAAAUUGUGAUUCUGUUGAAUCCUUGACUCAUACGCUUGUCAUAAUAAAUAUGAAUAAAAGUAAUAUAUAAAAAACAAUUCCUCUUUUGUUAUCUCUUUGAUGUCGUCUUUGAUGUCGUCAUUAAUCAAAGGUACCAUUGUACAACAAUACAACUCUAAUUAAUAUAAUUACACUCGGACAAAAAAAAAUAAUUACAAAUCAAUUACAAACUUAAGUAUAAUUACGCUCGGACAACAAUACAAUAUAAUUAAUAUAAUUACACAAUACAAAAAUAAUUACGCUCGGACAACAAAGGGAGGUCACUUUUAUAAGGCAGUAAUUAUCGGGUUAUGCCCCUUGGCGCGCCUAAGGCACACAGGCGCGCGCCUUAAUGAGCGCCUCCAUUUUGUGCCUUGAUUUGACCCUACUACACUACUUGUGUAUAUAUGCAUUUUUUAUGUACACAUAAUGUCUUCUUAAUCAAAUUAUGCCAUUCAUAUUCAGUUUAUUAAAAUGUCCCGUUUCGAAAACCCCCUCAAACUGUACAGUCCUUUCUAUCAAGGAUUAAAAAAAAAAAAGAUUUAGAAACGGUGAUUAUUAUAAGAAAGCUUUUGGUUUUAUUUUUUUUAUUUGCAUUCAACGUGUCAAAUGACGUCAGCUUUUUGUGAUGGAAACAGUUUUGGAAAGAACAUUUUUCUUGUAUUGAAUAAGAAUGAAUUGAUUGAUUAAGUGGCUAACCCCCAAAACACUACGAAUAAAAAUAAAAGGAAUUUUGCUUCUUAUUAAUAACAAAUAUUUGUAUAACACAAGCAGAGCCACUUGUUAUUUCAAAGCCCUCUACUUUUAUAAUGCUUUAAUUAAUUCCACCAGGGCCACUUGGGAUGGUAGUACUUUUAUAAUGAUUUAAUUAAUUCCACUAGGGUUAUUUGGGAUGAUAGUACUUUUAUAAUCCUUUAAUUAUUUCACCCAGGGCAACUUGGGAUGGUAGUACUUUUAUAAUGAUUUAAUUGAUUCCCCCAGGGCCACUUGGGGUGGUAGUACUUUUAUAAUGCUUUAAUUAAUUCCACCAGGGCCAUUUGGGAUGGUAGUACUUUUAUAAUGAUUUAAUUAAUUCCACUAGGGUUAUUUGGGAUGAUAGUACUUUUAUAAUCCUUUAAUUAAUUCACCCAGGGCAACUUGGGAUGGUAGUGCUUUUAUAAUGAUUUAAUUAAUUCCCCCCAGGGCCACUUGGGAUGUAGUACUUUUAUAAUCCUUUAAUUAAUUUCACCAGGGCCACUUGUGAUGGUUAGUACUUUCAUAAUGAUUUAAUUUAUUUCACCAGGGCCACUCGGGAUGGUAGUACUUUUAGCCGCCAAGGCUAGAGGAGCAGCAAAGGUCUGCGUCACAGGUAGAGAAUUUAUACUAAAAAACUAUUUAAAAAAAAAUUAUAAUUACAAUACAGAAUGAGAAAGUUACCACACCUUAACAUGAACUGCGUAGUUAAUUUUAAUCGCAGCUAAGUGUUUAAUACUACAUUGCAGAUAAGUGUUUAAUACUUCAUUGCAGAUAAGUGUUUAAUACUACAUUGCAGGUAAGUGUUUAAUACUACAUUGCAGCUAAGUGUUUGAUACUACAUUGCAGAUAAGUGUUUAUUUUAACGUUUUUAUUUUUUUUACUAGUGUUUGUUCACCGAAGAAGGCUUCUUAUCGACACGUUCGCAGUUUUGUUUUCAUGAAAGUAAUUUUUACACACCCAGAUAUCAAUCAAGGGAGACUCGACUUUGUCAAGAGCAUUGGCGCUGACUUCACUGUGCUGGUCGGAGACGAGGGUGCCAAAGAGACAUCGAAGAGGGUGGUCGAGGCUAUGGGACGUGAGGUGGAUGUGUCCGUGGAGUGCAGCGGUCACCAGUCCGGAGUUGCCAAUGCAAUUUAUGUGGGUUCUCCAUGGAGAAUUUAGAAACAGCGUUAAACGAAUGCUCAGAAAUAUGUUUUGUCUAGGUACAGAGGGGGAAAAAGCCAGAUAAGAUAUUGUUAAGAAUUUAGUUAAAGAGUGUGUGUAUGUGGCUUUGGGGGUUGGGGGUAACCUAGUACUAAGUCAGUGUUUUCUGUAGUUUUUUAAAAUAACUUUUAUAGAUUUUUUUAAUCACAUAAAUCUACGUGUUUUAUAGCUUAUUGUCAUGAACUAUUCUUGAACUUUGUGUAUUAAUAUCUUUUGAAUUUUCAUUAAUUCCUUCUAAUUGGCAAUCCUUCAACUUUUCAGUCACUUUCGCCUAUCUUGUCAUGCCUGCUUGGGGUGUGCCAUUCGCAGGUUUAACUUAAAAAGCAAAUUAAAAUAUCAUAAUAUGCGCAACACCUGACAUAUGUUGGAAUCAGUGGUGUAGGAAGUGGGUGGAAAAGGGGGGGGGGUAGUCCACUCCAGGCAUCGCAUUUUUUUUCCCUCCAUUAUAUCGACGAGAGUUGCAUUUUAGCCUGACGACAGACUUUUUUUUUUCAUGUACGGGGGCCGGGAAAAAUCUUAGCCCGUUCGGGGCGACACUAACACUUAGCUGCACCACAGGUUGGGCUAGUCGGUUAUUACUAAAAUGGUGAAGGAAAAGAAGUGAAACUUAACAAAUGGAAUGACUAACUGGUCACUGAAACGGCCCUUAUUUGGCUUGAAAAAAUAAACGUCGUCAUUUUUCACAGAGUACAAGACCCACGGGGACGGUAGUGGUGGUUGGAUUCGGCGGCGAGACAGUGGAAGUCCCUUUGGUGGCUGCCACCUUGAAACAGUUAGACAUUCGCGGCAUGGCCAGGUUUUGUAACAAGUGAGUUCUAUAAGUAGCUCUACGGUUGUCUUUCACACAUUCUUAUGCAAGCAGUUGGCAUAUUCGCCUGGAGCGAGGAUUUUUUUCCCACCGCUGUGCAACAGUGGAAAUCUCUUUUUUUGAAAGCCAUUUUUUUAAGACUCGAAACAUUUCUCAACAUGAGCAAGACUACGGGGUGACGAGUCUAUUCCCUAAUCGCCAAGUAAGAGCCUCGAUAGAACACUUCGAAGGGAGUACUAGCGUAACAUUGAUAUCAUGUAGCUAUUCCCACCUAUGUUCUAAAUUCUAAACUGAACACAGACAUUGACCUCAUUCGAACAAGCCACGUCAUUGAUUAAAACUACAUUUUAAUUGGUUGAUGUCUGUUUCAUGACAAUUUUUUCCCCCCGAGGAUUAACAGAAAUCCAAUGGCAUCAUUAGCAAAUUACUAUCAAAAUAAAACUAAAACUAUAUACUCUACUUGCAAGCGCUGUACAAACAGAAAAAAAACCCACAAAAACAUCCCUGCUAUGUGCUGGCGGUUGGAAAGAUCUGUUGACUGUUAAAUCCCCCCCCCCUGUUAUUUUCUAUUUCAUAUUCAAUUAAUAGUAAUCCCAAUAAAUAUGAUUAUAUGAAUAUACGCUACCUGCAAGCGAUGUACAAACAGAAAAAAAACCCAACAAAACCUCCCUGCUAUGUGCCUGCGGUUGGAAAGAUCUGUUGACUGUUAAAUCCCCCCCCCCCUGUUAUUUUCUAUUUCAUAUUCAAUUAAUAGUAAUACCAAUAAAUAUGAUUAUAUGUUAACAAUUAGUCGGUUUCUUCCCAUAUUUCAAUGUUCCCCCCCUUCCCCACAUUUCUGUCUACCAUUGUCUGCCGCCUCAAUGAAUGUUACCUACCAACUUCGUACCAUUUUUAUGGUUUGGAAAAUUUAAUCUGUUUUAAGAUUUGACUCCUAGAAUGAACAAUGCGUAACAAAAGACUGAGAAAAACAGUAUGCAAAGAAAACGCUACCAAAGGUAGUGAGGCUAACGCUGUUCAAUUUAAUUAUAUUAUUAAACCGCUAUAAAAAUACAAAUUCAAAUAUACAAGGAAAAAUAAACAACAAACAAAAAACUGUAUUAACUACAGCACAGCAAGUGAAAAUGUACAAACCUCGAAAAAUACAAUUUAUUAAUUUAAACACACACUUAAAGAGUGCAAUCUGGCAAUUAUAGAACGUCUCGUAUAUGUCUAGGAAAUAUACUAAAAUCUCUUUCCCGGCUAGGAAAGCUGUGGCCUAUACAUGAGAAUUAAAUCAGAACACUCUAGUAAAGAAAUUCCAGAAAUUGCUUCACGGGAUAGCAUUUUUUGGAACAAAUAGGACGUAUUUGAACGUAAACAACCUUUUCCCAAUCAAGAGAGGGGUGGCACAGAACAUUUUAUCGGCCAAUAUCAAAACAAAAUAAAGUGGAGACAAGUGGUGGUGGCUAAAAUUACAGAGACGCCAUAAUAAUUAACUAAGACUUUAACCCUUGAUGUUUACCUCGGCGAACACAUUUUGAUAUUUCAAUUUACAAGAAAACUGAAACUGUUUUAUAAUUGUGUACGCCACGUUACCUAAAACACUUAUAACUUCUUGACCAAUUGCAUCUACUACAGCUACGAUGUGGUCAUCGAAGCCAUCUCAUCAGGAAAGAUCAACGUGAAGCAGCUGGUCACUCAUCGCUUCUCCCUGGAAAACGCCAUCGAAGCCUACAAUACGGCACGGAGAAGAGAAGGGAUCAAAAUUAUUGUUGAUUGCAGUGAAAGUCAGGACACAACAAUGUAGUUGUGUCAGGUCAGGGCCAGUCGAUGUUGUUGUGGCAGACGGUCACCCAUAUCACACAUUACGAAAAGUAAGAGGAUAUGCUCAUCGUCAUGAGGAUACGUCAUGUUGCACUUGAUAAAUACUUAAGAUGUCUUAUGUUAAAUUGUUCUUGUUAAAAACUGUUUAUCUUUGUCAUUAAUAUUUAUGUAUGUGAUGAAAAUUAAUAAGUACUUUGUAAUAAAAAAAGAAUUUACCGCUUAUAUGGAUUAAUAAAAUAAACGUAUCAUAUCUUCAAAUUUUUAUGUUCCACCUUCACAUACAACUAACUAUAACUGUAAUCAAUUCAUUAAACAGGAUCAAUUAAAGUCAACACUUUCUAGUUUUGUAAUUAUUAAUUUAUUAAGUACGGAAAACAAUCAAUUAAUAGAGAAUACAAUGAGGUGAAUUAAUUAUGGAGAAAUGUGUUGUGAAUUGGGUGUUAUGUCAUAUGUUAUUGAAAGUUGAUAAUUGUACCUAGAUAUUCAUGAGAAUUUAUUGUAAUCUGGCACCGUUAAAAAUCAAUUUAAUAAAUUACGAAGUGGGCAAAAAAUAACUUCUGUUUUAUUAAAUAAUUUUAAGUCACCUAUGAAAAUGAAACCAUAUAUAAAUUUGUUAAGAUUUGUAUUUGGUAUAGAUUUUUUUAGAUUUGUG